CCCUGGGUUCCCUGUCAGUCUGCCGUUCCUCAAUGCCUUGUCAGCUGGCCGCAAUUCCUAGCUCAGCAGACCUGCAGAACACAGUCCAGUUAUCACCAAUCUGCUGUACUUUUCCAAGUAUAUAACUUAUCCCCUUCCAAGCUUGUGUUAAAUAUUCCAGUUGUUACCAUGGUUACCCACCUCAGGGGUCAACCAUACCUUUUAUACCAUCCCAUACCAUGAGUAUCGCCCUAGCGGACUGACAAGGACCCGCCCUUCGAGCUGUGACUUGUCCCACUGGCUGGCUCCAUCGAGAGAUGACCAUAAUCAUUGCCCUGGCAUCUGUCUCUGUGCUGGCAGUGUUAAUAGUUGUCUUCUUCUUUGGAUACAGGAUAUUUGGAGGAGACCGUAAGCAAGGUCUUCACAGUAUGAAUGUGCUGGAGGCUGCCACAUCAGAACCAUCCCUGGACUUAGACAACCUUAAGUUAUUAGAGUUAAUAGGAAGGGGUCGCUAUGGCUCAGUUUACAAAGGGUCCCUGGAAGAGCGCCCUGUGGCUGUAAAAGUCUUCUCCUUCAACAACCGGCAAAAUUUCGUCAACGAGAGGAGUAUCUACCGCACCCCACUGUUGGAGCAUGAUAACAUAGCUCAUUUCAUUGCGGCAGAUGAGCGGGUAACCUCAGAUGGGCGUCUGGAAUACCUGUUGGUUAUGGAGUACUACGCAAAUGGAUCACUAUGCAAAUAUUUAAAUGUUCACAGCAAUGAUUGGCUUAACUCCUGUCGCUUGGCACAUUCCGUAACUAAAGGAUUGGCAUAUAUGCACACAGAAUUACUGCGGGGAGAUCAGUACAAGUCAGCGAUAUCUCACCGAGACCUGAACAGCCGUAAUGUGCUAGUUAAGAGUGAUGGCACUUGUGUGAUCAGCGACUUCGGUCUGUCUAUGCGGCUUACAGGAAACAGGCUGGUGAGACCGGGUGAUGAAGAUAAUGCCGCCAUCAGUGAGGUUGGCACGAUACGAUAUAUGGCCCCUGAAGUCUUGGAAGGAGCUGUUAAUCUGAGGGAUUGUGAGUCUGCAUUGAAGCAAGUGGACAUGUACUCUCUGGGUCUCAUCUACUGGGAGAUAUUUAUGAGAUGCACUGACCUCUUCCCAGGGGAAUCUGUGCCAGAAUAUCAGAUGGUAUUUCAGACAGAGGCUGGCAACCACCCUACAUUUGAAGAUAUGCAGGUACUGGUGUCCAGAGAGAAACAGAGACCCAAAUUCCCAGAGGCCUGGAAAGAGAACAGUCUGGCUGUGAGGUCAUUGAAAGAGACGAUUGAUGAUUGCUGGGAUCAAGAUGCAGAAGCCAGACUAACUGCACAGUGUGCAGAAGAGAGGAUGGCUGAACUCAUGAUGAUUUGGGAACGGAACAAAUCUGUGAGCCCAACUAUCAACCCAACAUCUACAACAGUGCAGAAUGAGCGUAACUUGUCACAAAAUCGGCGGGUCCCAAAGAUUGGGCCAUACCCAGAUUUCUCCUCUUCAUCCUACAUAGAAGAUUCUGUGCACAAUACUGACAACAUUGUGAAGAACAUCUCAUCUGAGACUUCAAUGUCUAGCACCCCCUUAACAACUGGUGAGAAGAACCGAAACUCCAUUAACUACGAGAGACAGCAAGCUCAGGCUCGCCUACCCAGUCCUGAAACCAGUGUCACCAGCUUGUCAACGACCGCCGGGCUCACACCAAGCACUGGAAUGACCACCAUAUCAGAAGUCCAGUACUCAGAUGACACCAUGCACAGUGUGCAAAAUAUUGGCCCCACUCCUGUGUGUUUGCAGCUGACAGAGGAAGACCUAGAGACUAAUAAGCUUGAUCCAAAGGAAGUAGAUAAGAACCUGAAGGAGAGCUCAGAUGAAAAUCUUAUGGAGCAUUCCCUCAAACAGUUUAGUGGACCUGACCCUUUAAGCAGCACAAGCUCAAACCUGUUUUAUCCCCUUAUAAAACUAGCAGUUGAAUCCACUGGCCAACAAGAUUUUAAUCAAGCAGCCAAUGGACAAGCUUGCAUUGUCCAGGAUGUUCAUGCUGCACAGCUGUAUCCUCUUCCCAAGCAGCAGAACCUUCCCAAAAGACCUACCAGCCUCCCACUAAACACUAAAAACUCUGGCAAAGAAUCCAGGCUGAAAUUUAGUAGCAAGCACAAAUCAAACUUAAAGCAUGUUGAGACAGGAGUAGCCAAAAUGAACACAGUGACUGCUGCAGAACCUCAUGUGGUGACGGUGACCACAGCCUCAGCGAGUGGUAGGACGGGCUAUGUAAACUCUCAGGGCCCUGCAGCCCAGUUUUCUAGCACAUCUGCUGUGCAAAGCAGUAAUUCAAGGGCCCACAGGGCACAGGAGAUGCUAGAGAACCAGUUCAGAGGGGAAGACAGCCGACUAAAUAUUAACUCUAGUCCAGAUGAAAAUGAGCCUCUGCUUAGGCGGGAGCAACAAGCUGGCCAAGAUGAAUCAGUCUUAGAUCGGCUGGUGGAUAGGAGGGAACAUCCUGCAGAAAAUAGUCGUGUGAACUCUAAUAACAACAACAAUAGCAGCCAGUGUGUACUACAAGACACAGCUUCACAAAGUGCUCCUGUAGAGACGAGGCAGCGUCAGACAAGGAGAGCUCAGAGACCAAACUCCCUGGAUUUAUCCAGCUCAAGUAUUAUGGAUAACUGCAGCACACAGUGUGAAACCCUCUCAGACAGUCGAUCUGGCUCAGGAGACAAGAUUAAGAAGAGGGUGAAGACUCCAUACUCCCUUAAACGGUGGCGCCCUUCAACUUGGGCUAUUCCAACUGAACGCCAAGACUGUGAGGUCAACAAUAAUGGAAGCAGUGAAACAUUCAGUCAUUCAAAGUCCAGCACAGCUGUUUACCUUAUAGAUGGGGGUACUUCCACCUCUACACUUUCUAAAGAAGCCAAUAUGAGCUGCUUGUAAAUGCUUCAGCACAUUGGAUUUUCUGUGGUUGCUUGAAAGCCUCCAAAACUUGAUGUUUUAUUUUCUUGCAUCAUCGGAUGAGCAGAAAACAUGUAGAAAAAAAGGAGUUUGUAUCAUCAAUUCUUUGUAAAGGACUUGCUUCAAAUCUUGUGGUUCUGGAAUCGCUGGCAAUACCUUGUCGGCACCUCUAGAGCUAAAAAGUUACAUAGAUUUCAGCUAUGCAGAGUAAACACAAAAAAAAGCUUAUGCUUCCAUGUUUUUUUUUCUUCAUCAUUUACAAUGCAGGUUCAUUUUUGAAAAAAUUCUGUGCCCUGCGACUUAUUACUGAGCAAAUGUUAAACCUCUAAAACGCACGCAUAUUUGUGUGAGUGUGUAUGUAUAUGUAAUGUCAUAAUGAUAAGCAAAACGAAAAAAGAGACACUAAUUGGAUGUUUGAAAUGAAAAGAUAUUGCUGACCAGUUUGGUCUCUAAAAUGCUCCAGAAGCUGUCAGACAGGAUAAACUUCAGCAAAAUCUUGUGCACGGAAUUCUAUUUGCCAGGUGUCCUGUUAAUAUGUUGGUGUGUUAAAGCUGCACUUGUGUAAGGAGAGAGAAAAAACCUUCUUAAAAAAAAAAAACAUGCUUAAUUCUUGCCUUUUCUUUUAGUAGAUAAAUAUAUAUAUAUAUAUAUAUAUAUAUAUAUAUAUAUAUAUAUAUAUAUAUAUAUAUAUAUAUGUCUUUGCACUUUUAGUUUAAAGCACUGCAAGACACACUUAUGAUUGCUGCCUCAAUUCUCAUUCUAUGUUUUUGACCCCUGCCCUCCAUAGCUUGAAAACUGUAUGCUUAUUUAAAUGGAGUUAAAAUCAUACCAGCCAAUGAACGACAGGGCUAGAGAAUUUCACUGCAAGGGAAAAUAUAAUGGUUUUGUAUGUGGGGCUUCUCAUCCUUGUAUGGCACAGUGUGAUGUUUUGUUAAAAAAUAUUUCUUCUCUACCCAUCUAUAUUCUGGUCCACUUGCAGAUGGACUGACUGCCUGCAAUAGUAAUUGGAUGUAAGUAUUUGGGUUGGUACAUUGACACUCACACCAGUUAAUUAUGACAAAAUUCCAAAAGGACUCUGGGCCCAGUCCACAUCAUGAGUUUUUGCAUCUAAUUUCAUAUUACAGUUAGUCUGACUUUAGUGGGACCAUAGCCUAUAUAGAUAAGCCCUUUGAAGAAGCUGCCUCAGCUUAGGUUCUCCACAGACUGCAUUAACAGCAGCACCCACAAUUUCAAUAAACAGCAACAACAGCACCCACAGUUUCAAUAAAUAGCAACAGCAGCACCCACCGUUUCAGUAAAUAUAAGGUGCUUUUGUUAUUUUUGCAUUUGGAGUAUUCAUAGCUAUGACAACCAAUACAUAACGGAAUGUUCUGUAUACAAUAUAAGGUAUGCAAUCAUACUAUUUAACCACAGGUAUAUCCAAGAUCACAGCACUUAACCCUUUGUGUAUCCGCCACAGAUGUAUUUCCCCCAUGAGUUAAGCUGUAACGUAAAGUCUAUGUAAAUUGACUUUGGUUAUUCCAUGUCAGUCGCAUAGAUUUCAAAGUCUUUGGCAUAAAAAGAGGGUUAAUACAAAAUGUAUAUUUGGCCUUUAAAGGUUGAGUUGGUGGAUGUUAACUCUUAAGCUUUCACCAGUCUGAUUUGUAUUUUCAACAGAGAUAUUGAGGCAUGAAAUUUGGAAAGAGAAGAAUCAGUGGCAAUACCUCUAAUAAUAAACUCCACGGCAAAGUUUUUUGGUUAAGAAUGAAAUAGAUUCAGAUUAUAUAAAAUAUAUAUAUACAAGAUAAGUGAAUGUAACAUGAAAAGAGCUUAUACAAGUGAUAUUCUAGCCUAUCUGUGGAAGAGUGAACACUAGUUAAACUGAGUGCAUUAUUCCUUGGCUUUUCUUGUACUUGGUUUCAAAUGUGCAAUGGUCAAAAAUGUGCUCCUUGUUUUGCUGGAAAAUACAUUUCACUAACACUACAGCAUUGUCUGCCAUGUUUCUGAAUAGUUUUUUUUUCUAUUCACUUACCUUAAAUAUUUACUAUGAACUUUCUCUCCCCCCGCCAGCUGCUCUAACUAUAAGCAGCUAUUCUGUUGUUGGUUUUGUCCUGUGAAAUAUGCUUUAAGUUUGUAUUUUUAAUAUAUGCAGAAUAAAUGUAUGCCGAAAACAGGUUGAAAAAAAAACAAUAAAGAGAGCCUGUUCUUCUUUUGAA